CUCCCUCUCUCUGCCCUUCUCUCCCUGGGUUCAAGCAGCCACCUAUCCCUUCUCAGGCCCCUUCGUAUCAAUCAAGCAAAUUUCCUGCCCACUUUGCGUCCUACCUGAAUAACCAUUGCCCUCCUUUCUCCAAACUUCCUGUCCUGGGCACACAGCAGCCCCCAAGGCAGCAUUUCUCCAAGCAUAGUCCAGGGCCUCUGACUGCAGGAAGGGAAAAACUUUACAGAGAAAGGGAAAUGUGAGCAGAGUUUAAAGGAUGAAUAAGAGUUCAGCAGGCAGCUAAGGAAGGGAAAACACACUACCGGAAGCAGGAAGCAUUAGAACAAAGGCACAGAAACAGGAGAGAAUGGGGUUAUAUUCUGGGAACUUCGAGCAGUUUGGAAUGACUGGAACUUUAUAGAGCAAGAGGGGAAUAAGCAGGAGGUGAAGCUGGCCAAGGUUGGAUUGUAGAGGGUUUUAAGUGCCAGACUCUAUGAAGGUAGGUACUAUUUCAUUAGGCCCAUUUGCUAGAUGAGAAAACUGAGGCAGAGAGGCUAAACUGAUUAUCUAGGGCCACACAACUAGCACCUAGUGGCAGAGGCAGGACACAGACCCAAAAGUCGGGCUCCAGAGCCCACACUCUUAACCACUUCAUUAAACAGCCUCUUCUGGACUUUAUGCCCCAAGUCACCAGGCAUGGUGGGCCUGUCCUUGACCUCUCUGCCCAGCUAACAGGGCCUUGUGUGCUCACCCCAGGUUCCUUCACCUAUCACGCGCUGCUCACCGAUCCCCAGAAAGAUGGCUGGCCCAUUAACCUUCACCCUCCUCUGUGGUUUGCUGGCAGUGACUUUGGCUGAAACCACCCUCCGCCCCCCUGCGGUUCUUAGCCUCGGCCGUGAAGUCAUCAAAGAGAGGCUGACACAGGAGCUGAAGGAUCACGACGCCGUCAACAUCCUCCAGCAGCUGCCACUGCUCAGCACCAUACGGGAGAAGCCAGCCGGGGGCAUCCCCAUACUCGGCAACCUGGUGAACUCCAUCCUGAACCAUAUCAUCUGGCUGAAAGUCACCUCAGCCAACAUCCUCCAACUGCUGGUGCAACCCUCAGAUGAAGGCCAAGGGCUGGCGGUCAAGAUCCCCCUAGACAUGGUGGCUGGACUCAACACGCCCCUGGUCAAGACCAUCGUGGAGAUGCACAUGCAGACAGAGGUCCAAGCCAUCAUCACAGUGAACGCCAGUGAGAGGGGCCACACCCACCUCGUCCUCAAGGACUGCUCCAAUAGCCAUGGGAGCCUGCGCAUCAGCCUGCUGCAAAAGCUCUCCUUUCUGGUCAACUCCUUAGCCAACACGGUCAUGAGCCUCCUGGUGCCAGCCCUGCCCAAACUGGUGAAAACCCAGCUGUGUCCUGUGAUCAAGGAGGCCUUUGAGGACAUGCAUGUGGACCUCCUGAGCCUGGUGAGGGCGCCCAUUUCCCUCGGCUCUAACCACCUGGAGUUUGACCCUCUGUCUCCUGCCAUCAAGGGUAAUGUUAUCCAGCUGAAGCUGGGGGCCAAGUUGGUGAACUCUCAAGGAAAUGUGACCAAGUGGUUCAAAGAGUCUGCAGUUUCCCUAACGGUGCCCGCCCUGGACAACACCCCUUUCAGCCUCACUGUGAGGCAGGAUGUGGUGAAUGCUGCUGUAGCUGCCUUGCUCCCUCAAGAAGAACUCGUAGUCCUGUUGGACUAUGUGCUUCCUGAGCUGGCUCGCCAGUUGAAGUCAAGCAUCAAGGUGAUCAGUACCAAGGCUGCGGAUCAGCUGGGGCCCACACAGAUGGUGAAGAUCCUAACUCAAGAGACCCCAGAUCUCCUUCUGGACCAGGGUACUGCCAAGGUGGCCCAAUUGAUCGUGCUGGAAGUAUUUGCCACCAAUGAAGCCCACCGCCCCUUCUUCACCCUGGGCAUUGAAGCCAGCUCAGAAGCUCAGUUUUACACCAGAGAUGACCGACUUAUGCUCAGCUUUAACGAAAUCAGUUCUGAUCGAAUCCACUUGAUGAACUCAGGCAUUGGCCUGUUCAACCCUGAACUUCUGAAAAACGUCACCACUGAGAUCCUCAACUCCGUCCUACUGCCAAACCAGAAUGGCAAACUAAGAUCCGGGAUCUCGAUACCGAUAGUGAAGGCCUUGGGAUUCGAGGAAGCUUCGAGCUUUCUUACCAAGGAUUCUCUUGUGAUCACCCCGGCCUCCCAGUAGAGCCCCGGACCACCCUCUUGUCUCCCGUGAAGACUUGGAUGAUGGCCAUCCAGGGCAGGCUGGGUCCCA